AUGGCGCCAUCAGUGGAUCAAGGCAAGAUGGCGGAAGGUGAAAUUCGUGACCGUGAAAAUGGAGGAAAAAUCACGAAGUUGAACGAGAAUAGCCGAAGCGAGUACGAAUGCGAGGAUUAUGGAGGGGGCCGUCGGGACGGCGUCCCGAUCGCCACCUGGCGGUCAGUCGACAGUCGUAGCAGCGAGGCGCAGGAGUGUCGCGCGUGCCGAUUCGUACGACAAUUAAAACUGGCGGGCAACCUGGCUCGGUCUCCUGUGGCGGUGGGUGGUAGCGGCGGUGGCAGGCGCGGUGGCAUUUGCGGCAACGAUGGUGGCAGCGGUGGUGGUGGUGGUGGUUCCGGUGGCGGGACUAGAGGAACAGGGUCGGCUGCUGCGUCCUCCGGACCCGGGGCCGCCUUGGACACCAACGGUCAACCUAGUGCACAGAUAGUGGAGUGGGAGGAGGCGGAUCGUUACUCCUUCGACGACUCGGAUCGCUUCGAGGAGGAUUCUUUGUGCAGCUGGAGUAGCGAGCCGGAGUCCUUGUGCAACAACUGGAGGGGAUGGCGACGACCCCCGGCCGGUUUCAACACCGGAAAGAAGACCUCCGAAGAUGGACAAACAGUGCCGACGCUAUGCGAGCUCGCGGCGCGUUGCGUGGCGUCCCAUAUACCGUUCGAGCUGGUGGAACACGUUUAUCCACCUGUUCCCGAACAGCUUCAGCUCAGGAUAGCGUUCUGGAGCUUUCCAGACAACGAGGAGGAUAUCAGGCUUUACUCGUGCCUGGCCAAUGGGAGCGCCGACGAGUUUCAGCGUGGCGAGCACUUUUUCCGUUCGAGGAGCGUGAAAGAUCCCCUCCAGAUCGGAUUCCACCUGAGUGCCAACGUGAACUCACAGGUGGUGAUGAACGGCGACAAAUCGCAGUUCAACGUCGCUGUAACGUUCGAUCGACGGAAGAUCACGUCGUGCAACUGCACGUGCUCGUCGAAGGCCUAUUGGUGCGCCCACGUGGUCGCUGUCUGCCUUCAUAGGAUACACAGGCCGACGCAGGUGUGCCUGAGAGCUCCAGUUAGCGAAUCCCUGUCACGUUUGCACCGGGAACAACUGCAGAAGUUCGCGCAAUAUCUCAUCAGCGAGCUGCCGCAGCAGAUUCUGCCCACCGCCCAGCGUCUCCUGGACGAGUUGUUGUCAGUUCAACCGAGCACCAUCAACAGCUAUUGUGGCGCCCCGGAUCCCACCGCUGGGGCCUCAGCCCACGACCAAACGUCAUGGUACCUGGACGAGAAGACCCUACACGACAACAUCAAGAAGAUCCUCAUCAAGUUCUGCGUUCCAGCUCCGAUCGUCUUCAGUGACGUUAAUUGCCUGAGCACCACUGCGCCUCCUGCGGCUGCCGAAUGGUCGUCGUUGCUGCGACCCCUGCGCGGACGAGAGCCAGAGGGUAUGUGGAAUCUGUUGUCGAUUGUGCGGGAGAUGUUCAAGAGGACCGAUCGAAACGCCAUACCGUUGCUGGAGAUCAUCACGGAGGAGUGCAUGGCCUGCGAGCAGAUCCUUGUCUGGUGGUUCAACACCAAAGUAGCGUUGCUCAAUGGCACCGGUCACGCGAGCAAGCACAACAUGAACAGUAACGUACACGCGUCGCAGCAUGCCUGUUCCUCCCUCUGCGACGAGAUUGUCGUCCUUUGGCGACUGGCCGCUUUGAAUCCAGGUCUCUCGCCAGCCGAGCGAGAGAUGCUUCACAAUCAGUUCAUCACUUGGCACAUGAAGAUCAUAGAUAAGGUGACGAAAAGUCGUGUCAGCUCGGUGACGCACAACCCUCACAACAGGAACAACAGCGGCGGUCACAAAAAUUCAUUGAAGAACGAUCUGGCCGUUUUCACUGGCUUCAAAUCGGCGCUCGAGGCGUGCUAUUUAGAUUGGGAGGAGUAUACCUUGCCAGGUAUCACGUAUACUGCCGGAAGCAAUCCCAUGUAUCAUUGUCCGUUCACCUGUUUCCGGCACGUCGGAGAUACGAAGACCGAGGUGAAUCAGGUAAAUUCGAGCUCAGCCGUGCUGAAUUGCCAGCCACCAGUUUCUUCGCACCACCACGAAAGACGUCCGCUGAGUCUAGGCCUGGUGGAGUUCAGCUACAUGGACCGAAGGCGAUUAAAUCCACGAGAGUUUCCAGGGAUGUGUUCGCGCAGCGGUGGCGGUGACGGGAAUAGAAGCAGCGUCAGUUCUGAAGGUUUCUGCGAGUACGAGGCCGACAUGCCCGAUAUACCCGAUCCUCAAGUAGUUCUCGUUAGACGAAGUUGCGCUCAACUAAAUAAUUGCGAGGACACGGAUUCACAGAUACUAAGAAAAGGAACCGGUUUCCAGGAGGGUGACUGCAGCGAGUCGUCGUCGAACAGCAACGUCAGCCUGAAGAACGCUCAAAAUACGGACAAGCACCGCUCAAACGCCUCGUCCGAGACACAUAGUGAUAGUAGUGAUAGUAGUAAUAAUAAAGCUGCCUGCGACGCGAAGUGCAGCAGGACGAAUCUCGACUUUCGAGAUAAAUCGUGUACAGUGUUGACGAAGGAGACGGGUUCGAAGAGCGAGCAGGAGUCCGAUCUGGAGAAGGACUCUUUCAGACCGUCCAAGUACGAGAGUUCGUCGUACACCAGCGAGAGUCCGUCUGGCGACGAGUACCGCGUUUACUAUUACGACCCGAAGGCGGUGGCGACCACCAGCGGCACCUCCGGCAAGGACUUUAAGAACCAUUCGCAGGCGACAACCACGCCAAACGCCAGUACGAUACUGGGCAAUCUCACCAAGACGGAGGAUCCUUGGGACAUACUGUUCGCCAGGGCAGAGGGACUCUAUGCUCAUGGUCACACCAGAGAGGCUUGCAAUCUGGGCAAGCAACUUGGCGAGGAGCUGCUGGCCAAUCCGCCGAAUCUCAUGAUUGACGAGCCUCCCGUUCCUGUGAAGGGAAGAAAGAAGAAGCAACAGGUCAAUCCAGCGUCGCAUCGAUUAACGUGCCUCGCGUCGGCUACGUUGGCCAAGUGUUGCUUCCUCUGCACUGUCCUCGCUGAGAACCCAGAGUAUUACAGUCUAGCAUUCAAAGUUGGUUUGUUUGGGCUGGAAAUGGCUAGGCCGCCUGCUAACACUAAACCGUUGGAGGUGAAAUUGGCUCAUCAAGAGAGCGAGCUGGUGGGCCUCCUGAAAAGAAUCCCGCUAGGACCAGCCGAGUUAGCCAUGGUUCGACAGAGAGCGGAAGAGCUGAGGGACGGUGUCCUUCGCUCCAGGGGUCACGCGUUGCUCCCCAUCAUGCUAGACAGUUUUUUAUUCGACGCACUCAACGUACCAAGACCAAAACACCUCGUCACAGACGAUGACGAGAACCUCGCGUUCGAGGCGGCUGUCGCUGGUUUGGGACUGAAAGCGAACGUGAGCGAAGCGGAUCAUCCGCUUCUCUGCGAGGGCACGCGACGCCAGAGAGGGGAUUUGGCUAUCACACUACUCGUCCACUACAAGGACGAGCCAACGAAAGUGGCGAGAAUCAUGGACAAGCUGUUGGACCGAGACGUUCAUCAGUUGAUCAAGUCACCGAUUCUUCCCAGCUACUACACCUCAAAUCCGCCAACCAAGAGCGAGAUGGUGAGAUACCUUCACGACGAAGAGUGCUCGUCUCCCCUCGCUGGAACGGACGUUGGAAACGGCGAUAGCGUCGCUGGCACAAGCAGCAGACCGCACAGCAGCACUAGCGCGGAGUUAGAAACUGGCAUGAGCGGGCUCACGGUCCAAUCGCAGAUCGUUCAACAACCUGUACCUACCAGAUCUAAAGAAACAAGAUACAAAAGCAAGAGGAUAUAUCCGUCGAUUCCCAAUCAGCCAUCCGAGGCGGGUGCAUAUUUCAUGUGCGAAUUGGCAAAGACGGUUCUGGCAAAAGCAGGUGGCAACAGUUCCACGUCGUUGUUUACACAGCCAUCCACCAAUCAGAACCAUCACGGGCCACACAGAGCUCUCCACAUGUGCGCGUUUCAGCUCGGCUUGUACGCGCUGGGACUUCACAAUUGCGUCACUCCGAACUGGCUAAGCCGCACGUAUUCGAGCCACGUCUCUUGGAUAACUGGCCAGGCGAUGGAAAUCGGAGCGCCUGCCAUUUGGUUCCUUAUCGAGAGCUGGGAGGGACACCUGACACCUCCUGAAGCAGCUAGCAUAGCGGACAAGUCGUCCAGGGGUUGCGACCCCAACAUGGUCAGAGCGGCUGCUGAACUCGCGUUGUCUUGUUUACCGCACGCUCAUGCGCUGAAUCCCAACGAGGUCCAGAGAGCCAUUUUGCAGUGCAAAGAGCAGAACGAAAUGAUGCUGGAGAAGGCCUGCAUUACAGUAGAGAAUACCGCGAAAGGCGGUGGCGUUUAUCCGGAAGUGCUUUUCCAGGUCGCCAAGUAUUGGUAUGAAUUAUAUAUCACGCACACUCCUAGCGGAGAACAGCAGGAUGACAUAACGCAUGAUGCCAUGCAGUUGGAUCUGAACGGCGUGCUACUGUUGGAGCCUGGACCGCCGGUAGACAUGUCGAACGGGCAAAUGAUGCCUGGACCAGCUCAAACCGUCGUUGUGACCAGCACCCAGCCGCCUCCUCAACCGUACCCUACGCAUCCAACUAUAACCACACUUGCACCUUUGGGGGUUGGUAUGCCGUACGCAGUGGCUCCUUUCAGUUUUGUACAUCCUCACCACUCCAUUCCAACGUUCGGUGGACCAAUGCCUUCGCACAGGGUAACUCUACCACCAGCACCACCGCACAUGCAAAUGUAUCAUGCGGCAUUCCCGCCUCAUCCGGGUCAUCCGCAGCAUCCUCAACAUCCGCACCAUCCGUCACAGCCCACGCAACCACCGUCGUUGCCGCAAUACUAUACACCGCAACCACCGCCACCGCCGGGAACUCAUCAUUUAUUCACCAUGCAACAACCAAUGCCAGUUAAUGUACAAGCAGGAGUGACGGUGCCCAUUCCAGGGCAGAAUAACAUGCCUGGAUCGCCGUUGGUCCAGGCUCCGCCUAUGAUAUCGACCGUGAGAGCUCAGCCUCAGGUUCACAGACAAACUCAGCCCAUCAGUCAGCAACAGCUGCGCGCUCUAGUCGCAGCGUAUCGCGUGGGCCUGCUGGCUCUGGAGACGCUAGCCCGACGGGUGCACGACGACAGACCUCAAGCGAAGUAUGCGCGUAAUCCUGUUUACGGCGAGGAAGUGAAAUGGCUGCUGAGUGUCUCGAAACGCCUGGGUACACAGUACAUCCAUCAGCUCUGCAUUUGCACCGUGAACAGCAUCGUCAGCCCCUUCGUUCUUCACGACGUCGCCUUGGAGGCGGCGCGCUACCUAGCCAGAAACAAUCCGACUCUCGUGCUUCAACACUUGAGAUCUGCUCUUCUAGCACCCCUCGUUCACAAGUGCCAACAAAUGUACUUUCAUUGCAUGCACCAGAAGUUAUACCAUUUGACGGCAAGUGAUUACGAGGACUUUGCGAAUAUCGUCUGCUCGGCGAGGGCCGCGUUUCACAUCACUCCAGAGGGACACGUUCAGUUCAAGGAGUGGCUCGGGUCCAUUAAAAGAUCUCAGUCGGUGAACAAGGAGUUGUGGGCGCAAAUCAACGCGGCGCUUCAGCAGAAUGGCAAAUGACACAGAGCGGAGCCAGGCGUGACGUGGCUCACCUCCCUCCCACAUCCUCAGCCUCCCCAAUCACCCACCCCCGCAGCCUCCUCCACCGACGACGACGAGAUCCCCCGUGGUACAGCAUCGGCGUCCUGUCAUUCUCAUCCACGGAGCGUCACGUACGUUCACGGGCUGGGCACCCUCGACAAGUGCGAACCGGAUCUCUACAAGCGUGAAUCGUCGACGUCGGAGCGUCGCCAGCGCGCGUCGUUCUGCUACAAUCGUCGGACCAACCAGGGUUAGGAUAUCGUCGAUAAUCGCUUAACUUUCGCAGAGAAGGAGAUCGAUCCACGCUGAGCCCGGACGUUGUUCCCAACUUUAGUUAAUGCGCUCCGCGAGGAAUAUGUCUGCUGACGUGAUUAAUGCAUAAUCACGUGGGUGAACAUACGCUUCAUCGUUCGCCGGACCGUUUCCAGGAAGAUUGAGAGAGAGAGAGAGAGAGAGAAAAUAUAUAGAAGCGAUAGAGAAACAGUAUAUAUUACACAGAUAUCAAAACGCAUCGUUAACGGCGCCAUUUGUUUUUGAAUCAAAAAUAAUAAUUUAAAAAAAAAAAUGUGUAGAAAGAGGAAAUGAAAAAGGAAAUGGGAAUGUACAUGGGAAUGAAAAUGGAAAAAAUACGAGGAAAAGAAGAAAAACAGAGAGAGUGAUAUUGAUAGAGAUAUAUAUAUAUUCUGUAUUAAAGGAUAAAUCAAAAAAAGUUGAGAUCUCUCCGGACCUGCGCGAUCACUGUCUCACACCGAUGUAGGAGAGAAUCGUUGGGUUUCACACAUCACACACGGGAAUCGUUUCCUUUUUUUAGUUAGACUUUGAGCACGUCUUUAGCCGCGAUUAGAUAGGAAAUUUUUAUUUUUCAUUCGUAUAUAGAUAGGAUGAAUUCUUGCGUUUUAUUUUAUUUUUGUAAACAAUUAAACAAAUUCUCAACAUCGAUAACAACGUCUAUUUAUAUAAGGGACGAUAUAAGGUCUGAUCCAUAUAUAAGUGACGAUUACUUAAUACUUCGUCGUCGAUGAAAUUUUAAUGGAAGUAAACGAACGUCUUUACUAAUCCUGAAAGGAUAGUCGACACCUUAUCCAAUACCCAAGACCUCUUUUUUCCCCCCUCUAACCCUCUUUUGGUUUAUUUUGCUAUCGAUUAUAUUUUGUCGCUCUACUUUUGUUUCUGUAAAUUUACUUUUUUUUUUUUUUUUAUUAAUUAUAUGUUAUAGGGAUAUACUAUACGCACGUUCGCAACAAUAUUCUUGUUUUGUCCUUGACGACAAUCCGUAAACGAAAUGAUCUCUGUAAUUUUUAAAUUAAAAAUAAUGUGACAUAUGAAUAAAGCAAAAUUGUAGCUGACGUUACACCUUCGAACUUCAGCCACCCGCCCACGCAGCGAACAGCCCUCCGCGCAUACCGGAACCAUAAACAAUCACAAUCGACACAUUUUCGCGAAUGUACAGAUAUUUCAGUGUAUUCAGUUUUUGGUUAUGUCCCUUUCCUCGUUUAAGCUACGAUGCUUCCUAAACACGUUUAGUUUGCUUUUUCUUUGAUAUAAAAUUCGUUUUUGCCAAUUCCCAAAACCCAGCGUAGUCGAAUCCAGCUUCUAAAUAGAAAAUUGAACCUGUUAUUGCAAAACGAAACAUCUCGAUGAGAUCGGUUGCUUCGUGGUUUUGCGAUCGAGUGGAAAUUGGUCUCGGAAUUGAAAAUACGAGAACAAUUACCGAGAUUCGCAUUCAGCGUUAUAGCGAGAAUGGUAUAAGUAAUUUUUGUUUGUUUUUUUUUAGUACAGGGUCUGAGCAGUGUCUCGUCGAAGUCUCUGCGAAAUGUUUCCGCAUAAAAGAGAUUCUAUUUGAAGAGAUGAUGGUGUUCAUCGUCCGAGAAUUAUGCGAUCUCACCGUUGUUGCGCGCAACAGUCACGCUGUUUUUAUUGUUGAAAAUUUAACAGAGAAGACACGUAUAUGUAUUAGCCUACCGCAAACUCACUUUAACUUAUGCAACGCGUUCUCUGCUUACAGCGGUGUUGGAUUAUCCGAGAAAAUGGGAAUUCGGUCUUGCAAAUUGACAGUCUCGACUGCACUGCUUUUACGUAGUCAUUUGCAUAAUUUAUCACAAAUCCUUCCCAAUUGUCAUAUUUAGAACUAGUCGGGCUGAGAAUAUGAGAACUCACAAGGAAAGGAACUCACAAGUGUUAAAAUUACAAUAAAAUUCCCAUCGUAGUAUCGAAAUUAAAAUAAAAAUUGAAUUGGAAGGUAUCGGGAGGAAUUCAGCGCAGUCGAGGUGGUGGAAUGUUUCUCGAGAAUCCAUAAGAUUCCUUCAAUGCUCGUUUUUGUCGCUCGAUUCAACCCUCGUCGCGAAAGAGACGCGUCGCAAACUGUACUCGAGUAUUUUCACGCCCCUUGUUUGAAUAGUGCCAUGCGACUGGACGUAUUCUGUCCGUAGAUAGUAAGAAGACUAAAUAAAUUGUGCGGAAAAAAAAAAUGAGUAAAAAGAAAAAAAGCAAGAUAAAAGUAAAUGGCACUGCCACUAAUUAACAAUACCGAGACGACGGUCAUGGGAAGAGCAAUAUUAAGCGUUAGCCUUGCUCUGGCGCGAUACAGCGACCAUAAAGAGCGUAGUAUUCUUCUGUGCCUGCGAAGUUGAGGCUCGAACGUCUUCAAAAUUAUCCCACGUGGACUAAACAACAUUCAACAGUUUUCAGGCUGCGGAUUUUACGCAUUUAUGGUGUAUAGUAAUAUGAAAACCAUUUACAAUAUAUGUAGAAUAUAUUUUAUAAAGUAUAUAUCAGAAUAUUAAUGUUUCAUUUAGUGUAAGUGAAAUAUUAAAAUCUAAAAUCCGCAGUCUUGUUAUUCUAGUCGAUUCUAAAUAUACUUAGUCUACCGAGUUCCAUUGUUCCCCAGUAAAAUGUCGAGAUCUAUCGCAUUCUAAUUUCGCGCAGAUCAAUUGGUUAUCGCGAUCCAUCCGUGGUAUCUCUGAUAUAGCCGAGAAACAUGAUUUACGACGUAAACUUUAUGUAAUAAAAAUGAAUCUCUAGAUAAACACGUCCGAUUUAUAGCGUUGCGGUUCUAGACACCCGAACAACAAUCUAUCUCGACGAUAUCUCUUUCGACAAUGAGCUAACGUUUUUCUCCUUUCCUGUUCGAGGACCUUCAAAAACAAUUUAUGACAAACAAGAGCAGUUUGCUUCGUCUCGACAAAGUAUUAAGGAGAUACGAGUCCGCGAGACCUCCAAAAAAUGCGGCUAACGGAAUAUUUCGAACUAAAAAUUGACUGCAACCCCACAAGUUUCCAUCUUUGGAGUGCUGUACUACCUCAAACUACUUUUCCAUCGAUAAUCGACUCAUUCGCGUCGAGCCUCGACUCUCGUAAUUUUCGUCCGCUCGGAAACGAGUUGGCAACAACAGAGAUGGGCAGAGUUUCAUUUCGAAUAAUAAAUGACUUGUGAACGCAUCGCGUAGCAAUUUAAUAUCAACGUUCCAUUGAACAAUUAUAAUCUAUUACUGGUGCAACGUUAAAUUCUAUGCCAAAUUCACUAUCGAAACCACCAACCAAUAUCAACCCUCAAAAACUGUUAAACAAGGAUUCUAAAAAUACAAAUUUUUGAGGAUUUUUGAUUUCGACUUCACGAGUCACUUAAUAAUAAACGUCCGUGCUCAGAACUUCCCUCAAUUGAUCCAUAUUUUUUUAAUUUUUUAUUCCAAAGUAAAAUUCCAUUCCAUAAUUAAGAUCGUAAUUGUUAUCGCCCCACCGAGGUCGUUCAUCUUUCAUUCGUUAUUCGACAUGUUUCCUCAGAUAAGAAAUUCGCCCAUCUCCGUGCAUCAAGUGUCGUGCAAACGAUUUGCGUCACGUUCGUAGACUAUAAAACUUAAGAUAAGCGUCGCGCUCGUAACUCCGCGUACACGGGGUGAUUCUAAACUUCUAACAACCACGUCCGCGAGUGCUCGUGUUAUCCGAGCGAUUCCUUUUUUUUUUUUUUUCGAUCGUCGAGGCAAACAACGACGACGAUCGUCGGGCAAACACGUCGCAGACGUGCCGGUGGGCGCGUUGUAAAUUUCCGUCGUGAUCGGAAUCUCGAAAAAAAACAUUUGUAGCGUGGGAGGAAAUCGUUUUCAGGUGUUCGAAUCUCGUGCGACGAACGACGAGUCUAUUCCGACUGCAGUAAAUGUGCGUUCGAUCUUACUGGUUGGUCGUUUGGAAUGCAGCAGGGAUGGGCAAACCAUUCUUACAGUCUCAGGAACUUGCAAGUCCAAGACUUGGGUGUCAUCUCAGUGACGCCCAAGUCCGAAGCUUUUGGAGUUAUAGUUCGUAUCAAAAGGGAACACGUCAGGGACCUAUGAGUCGCUGGUCACUAUGCUUUAGACUUGCAAACCAAGGGUUAAAGGCUGAAAUACGGUACUUUCUAUCCGAAUGAAAAUUUGCCCAUCUCUGGAACGCAGCACCUCAUUAACACGUGCCUGCACAGUGGCGUGCCGAAAAAGUUACCCUCAGAACAGACUAUUAUAUUUAGUUUCUACUGUAAAUGCAAUCUCGUGCCCAGAGUCUCCGGGAUUGGUUCAGCUGGUUAUCUUCUAAAGUAUCUUCGUGGAACAAAGCCUGAUCUCCGAAUAGCGCUAUAUAAAAAUUGAACGCGUACCUAAUUCCCUAAUCCAACAGCUGAACCACCCUGACUGGCGCCAGAUUGUCCGUACCUCUAACUCCAAAUAAAAAUAAAAGAAAAAAAAAGAAUAGGUAAUAAUGCUUGAGGAGGUGGGUGGCGACGUUCGAGUGUAAAUUUCAUUCACGCCCGCCCCGUAUGUACACAUAUAAAUACGAAUAAUAGUUGCGAUCCAGUUCGCGAAACUGAUCCAUAAGCGCCGUUAGUAUUUGCUCUAGAUUCACUCUUGCGUGUUGUGCACAUAAUCGAUAGCGUUUAUCCAUAGGCGUAGGACGUCUUUGCUAGCCUACUUAGCGUUUUAGACGGGGACACUAGGUAUUAGCGAUCCCAUUUUUUCACUUAGACGGAAUGCAGGUGUGGACGAGGCCACGGGCGAACAGCUAAAUCGCCCGUGGGUCGGUUGUUAAACGAUUUAUGGGGACGUAACGGAUCUUAGGCCCGAACGUAGAACUGCUAGAUCUCCUCAUGCUCGACCACGCGAUUCUUUCGCGUAAUCCCUUCAACGGCGGUGGUGGAAUACUCCAACGCGAUCAGCGGCCGUUUCGCUAGGCUAAGUACGAGCGUGUGAAUAAUACUCGCGUUUCUACAGUGAAACAACGUGAAAAAAACACAACUCGCAACUGACUUCCUUCGUGACCCAUGUUCAGGGAAUGUUCUACCGCUCCACGGACCAUCUCGAAUUCCGUGGCAAGUCAAUGGCAAUUUGUUGUCAAGGAUAGCUAGUAAAAUCUGACACAGGGACGUCUUCUAUCGAGAACACGUAGACUACCUCGUCAGGCACUUGCAAGUCUGGAAUUGUCACGUCAUCGAGUCAGAAGCUUGUCAGUUAACAGUAUUUUCAAGUAUCAAGAAUUUCACAAGUCUAACAUUCUUAUGACAUGAAUUAUCACAUCUAGGACUUGCAAGUCCUGACUGUCAUAGUAGAAACUGUUGGUCGUGGCUUGUUUGGUCUUGAUUUUUAUCCGAGAGAAUACGUCAGAACCGGCAAGUCACUGACUUUCAUGUCAAUGAUUAGCAAUUCACGAGUUGCAGAAGUAGUAAGCAGGUAUACCAAUACCGGUACAGUCACCAUGUCAACGAUCGAUGAAUCGUCAGCUACCCUAUCACCACGUCAUUCUCACCAGUCGAGUCUUGAUCGAAAUAAAACAACGCCACGAGAUACGUGCUGCAGCAACGGCGAGCGUUCAUAGAACAUUUUCUGCACAUCGUGCGCUUCUUUCUGUAUCUGUAUCGUUAUCAAUUUUAGAAGAAAAGCGGCACGAGUAAAUAAAGAGAGUAUAUUGGGAAGCGAUAAAAUAUCUAUAUUUUUACACUUGAUCGAAAAGAACUGAAGAAAAUUUCGAAGAAUGAAAAAAAAAAAAAGAGAAGAAGAAGAAGAAGACGACGACGACGAUGAAAACGAAGAAGUGUUUCCUCUCAAAUCUGAAAUAUUUGGUCCUUUGGUAUUCGACUAGAGAAACCCCCUCUCGAAACCCAACCUUGUACGAGUAAAAUAUACGUGUACGUUUAUACAUAGAGAUUUAAAAAAAAAAAAAAAGAAAGAAAAAAGAAAAAAAAGAAGAAAGAAAUUACCAGGGAAACGGACGGAUUCCCCGGCGAGGAUAUAAAUGCAAACGAAAAAGAAGCCAUCGUGGAACUCGGUGUCUGUAAAUAUUACACGGCGUCGUUCAAUUUUUCGCGCGUGCGCAAAUGUAACGAUAGAGCGUUUCGUUUCGUUUCUUUUUCAUUUAUUUUUCAUUCAUUUUUCAAAUCUCUAGCGCGCAGGGCAAUCGCAAAAGCAAAUCGCUGAAUAGGUGUAUCGGCAGAUGCAGAACGCGUGUAGACCUUCGUCUAGUCUGAUUGCAAUUCGAGCUGUCACUAGCAGCUUCGUAGAAACGCGAGGUCCUAGAAGAGAGUUAGACGGCGAAAGAGAUCUUGAUCGCGACGAAGCGAGAGAAACGAGGCAACGCGACGAAACAUAGGCGAGAAGACACGAAUCUUUUGUCUUUAACCUCUCCGGUACCGAAUGCACAGGCCAAACACUGUUUCGAGACAAAGACUGGUUACACUAGAGCCUAUCGCACUAAGUACUCGUAAAUCGGAACUGUCGCGUUUGAAACUGUUCGAUCUGGGGCUAUGUUAAAGAUUGAUUAGGUUACACUGUUCACUGCGAGAACUUGCAAGUCAAAUUACGUCAUGUCAACGACUUGUGAAUCGAGGGAUUCAAUCAUCGCGUCAUGGGACUCGCAAGCCUUGGACUGCUCUGUUUGAAACUGUUCGUAUGACUUGCAAGUUAAUGAUUUUUAGAUGGACGUACACGCUUUUUAUUCCAUUGAUUUGUAACGAUGUACCUUCUCCCAGAUACUCUUUAUACAAAAUUUAUUGCGGCAGACAGGCGAGCACCGUACCGAAGUGGUUAAAGAAUCGUUGAUCAAUCGAGCAAUUAUAAGAUUGUACAUACACGUUAAUUAUAGAUGCGAGCAAUUUGCGCGAAACGCGAAUUUAAGGAAAUUUAGGCAAGAUUAAUCGAUCUCGGCGCUGGAAGCUCGAAAUUUUGUUUUCUUCGCGGCUGAAAGGCGACCUAUCGGAGCGAGACGAGAAAGAAAACUCGUAGGUAGCAAUGAAACAAUUAAAUAAUAGAGAAAAAUGGGACGGGACCCCUUCUUUGGUCGUUCGAUAUUUCUCGCCUCCCUCGGGUCAUCGACAGAAACAACGAAUCGGUAGGAUUUUUAUUUCGACACGUGCUCUCUAUCGUCCACGAAACUUUGCACAGGGUGUACAAAGAUUAAGAGUCACGACUUUCACGAAUCUACACGUCUGUUUAAUCUACAUUGUCCGACAAAAAUGAACAAUUUUUAAACGCAGAAAUCGCAAAGAAACGUAAAGAUCUUGCGUUUCGAGAUCACAAUGAACGUUACGGCAGGAUUUCACCCCAUCCAGAUGUUUGAACGAACCCCUGAAAGUCCUGACGGUUAAUAUUCGUGCAUCCUUGUACAUCAAACGAUGAAGAGAAAAGGAGAACCGGUGGAGCUUCAGGGAUAUUCGCGAGCGUUUAGCGAGGCUCGUUUAGAUCGAACGAGACGAUCGAGGAGAGUCCAGAGAUUCUUUGCGCUUCGAGGUAGAUGGUCGAGAGUGAUGGGGAGUGGAAACGAAGCUUUUGAAAUUGUAAAUUCGACGUUGUUUCGCGUGAAUUUAGCGGGACAGGGAGUCGCUUGUUGCAAAACCGUGCAAUCGUGCCCAUUCGGAGAUGCUUACCAUCGAGAAGGGGACGAACAAUGUUUUCGAUCAGGAUGUUUUGUUGCGUUCCGACAGAGCGAUGUCCCGCGACUGUUCCGUUGAAUCUGUCGCGUGCGAAAUUUUACUCUUUGCCGUUGACUGGAUUUCAUGAUAAUUAUAUCGCGUUUACUAUUCUAUUUGCGAAUGAUCGAUCGCUUUCUUCGGACUUGCAAUUCACAUUGCAACUACGACAAAUUGUAUUCUACGUUUGUGAAAGGCGUGCGAUCGCGUUUCUUCGAUUUCGGUAUCGUUGACGCGUUAAACGGUCAAACAUAUUACAGGGGAGAUGCGUAACGGAGGAUUGUAAUCGACGGUUAAACUUAUACAGUCUCGACGAGAGAAACCAUUUUUUGUGUCGAACGAGUAUAAAUGAAAUUCUACGAGGUAAGCCACUUGGUUCGCUGUACUUGAUUAACGUAGAUAUCAGUAUAUUAUAAUGUCUAUUAAAUAAAUUUCAAUUUCAAAUUGCGUCCUUCGUCUGUUAUCUUUCUAUUGUAUCGAUCCACUGAAAUACAAUUUUUCAUUUCAUAA